AUGAUGAAUAAAUACUCCACCGCCAACGCAGAGUCGGACUACACAGACCGAGAGACGGACCGCGAGGAGACGGACCGCGAGGAGACGGACCGCGAGGAGACCGAGCAGAACGAGGAGCAGGACUCUGAGGGAGAGGACCAGAGCUGUGCCACUGUCAUCACUCUGAAGCACGACGACUCUCAGGACGAAGACCUGGGGGAAGAGACGGGAGCCACGGGGCAGGACGGCCACCAGAGGGCGCUGCAGCUGCUCACAGAGGCCCCCAGUGGAGAGCUAUCUCUGCUGCUAGCUCAGAGCGACAUCCUGCACACGGGAGACUCCCGGCUACAAGAGGAAGGACACAGGCUACUGCAGGACAACAGGCAGGAGUAUGAAGAAAACCGUGAGUUUGUUUGGCGUCUGGCCCGCGCUCACAGCGACAUGUUCUGGUGCGAGGCCGAUCCUCAGAGACGCAGGGACUUGGCACAACAAGGUUUAGAGGAGGCGGAGCUUGCUCUUCAAAAGAACGGACUAAACAAAGACUGCCAUAAAUGGUUUGCUGUGUUGGCAAAUUUAACGGACGAUGGGAACAUGCACAGCAAACUCAGAAGCCUCCGCAUCCUGAAGGAGCACCUGGACCAGGCCCUGGCUCUCACCGACACCGACCCUCUCUGCUUCUUCCUGCUCGGAAAGUGGUGCUACCAGGUGGCGACUCUGGACUGGCUGGAGCGGAAAGCCGCAGCUGCCCUGUAUGACUCCGCCCCCAGCUCCUCUCUGCAGGAGGCGCUGCUCAACUUCAUGAAGGCCGAGGAGCUGAGUCCAGGGUUUUCAAAGACCGUCAGGCUCUACAUCGCGAAGGUGAGUGACUUUGGGCGCCUUCAUUUAUUUCUCUGGUUCACUUCAGGAAAAAGGCUUUGUAGAACCAGACAGAAGCACAAAGUGAAGCAGAGAGCGCCCAAAGUGAAGCAGACAGAGCCCAAAGUGAAGCAGACAGAGGCCAAAGUGACCCAGACAGAGGCCAAAGUGAAGCAGACAGAGGCCAAAGUGACCCAGACAGAGGCCAAAGUGAAGCAGACAGAGGCCAAAGUGACCCAGACAGAGGCCAAAGUGACCCAGACAGAGCCCAAAGUGAAGCAGACAGAGGCCAAAGUGACCCAGACAGAGGCCAAAGUGAAGCAGACAGAGGCCAAAGUGACCCAGACAGAGGCCAAAGUGAAGCAGACAGAGGCCAAAGUGACCCAGACAGAGGCCAAAGUGAAGCAGACAGAGGCCAAAGUGACCCAGACAGAGGCCAAAGUGAAGCAGACAGAGGCCAAAGUGACCCAGACAGAGGCCAAAGUGAAGCAGACAGAGGCCAAAGUGACCCAGACAGAGGCCAAAGUGACCCAGACAGAGCCCAAAGUGAAGCAGACAGAGGCCAAAGUGAAGCAGGCAGAGCCCAAAGUGACCCAGACAGAGCCCAAAGUGAAGCAGGGAGAGCCCAAAGUGAAGCAGACAGAGGCCAAAGUGAAGCAGACAGAGCCCAAAGUGACCCAGACAGAGGCAUAA